UGCGCGAGGAGCGCGGCUGACCCGCCGGCGCCAUGCGCGCCUUGCCUGGCCUGCGGGGACUCUGGGGGCCGCCGCCGCUGCAGCUGCCGCUGCUCCUCCUAUGCCUCCUCGCGGCCGUACGCCGGGGCUGGGCGGACGGCAAUACCACAGCUUCACCUCUUACGACUCUACCCAUCCGAGAAGAAAUGAUGACAAAAUAUUCUAACCUUUCCUUGGGGAGUCAUAACAUAUCACUGACUGCUUCACCUCUUACGACUCUACCCAUCCGAGAAGAAAUGAUGACAAAAUAUUCUAACCUUUCCUUGGAGAGUCAUAGCAUAUCACUGACUGCACAGUCCAGUGUGCCAGUGGAAAAAAAUAUCACUUUAGAACGACCUUCUAGAAUAGAACUCACAUGCAAAUUCACGGCAUCUGGGGAUGUGAAUUCAGUAAAUGUGACUUGGAAAAAAGGUGAUGAACAACUUACGAAUUAUUGCAUCAAUGCCACAGGAAACAUCCUGUAUACCCAGUACAUGUUUACCAUCAUUAAUAGCAAUCAAAUGGGAAACUAUUCGUGUUUCUUUGAAGAGGAAAAGAAACAAAGGGGCACAUUUAAUUUCAGAGUCCCUGAAGUUCAAGGAAAAAACAAACCAUUGGUCACUUAUGUGGGGGAUUCAGCUGUCUUGAUAUGUAAAUGUCAACACUGUUCUCCUUUAAACUGGACCUGGUACAGUAGUAACGGGAGUAUACAGGUUCCUGUUGAUGUUCACGUGAAUGAUAAGUAUGCGAUCAAUGGAACGAACGCUAAUGAAACAAGGCUCAAGAUAAUGCAACUUUCAGAAGAUGAUAAGGGAUCUUACUGGUGCCAUGCAGUGUUCCAAUUAGGCGAGAGCCAAAUACACGUUGAACUCAUUGUGCUGAGUUAUUUGGUACCCCUCAAACCAUUUCUUGGAAUAGUUGUUGAAGUUAUUAUUUUAGUGGCUAUUAUUCUGUUUUGUGAAAUGUACACCCAAAAGAAAAAGAUGCACACAGAUGAUGGGAAAGAAUUUGAACAAGUUGAGCAGUUGAAAUCAGAUGAUAGCAACGGCGUAGAAAAUAAUGCCCCCAGGCACAGAAAAAGUGAAUCUGUGAACCAGUGAAUGCGAAACAUCAUGUCAAGAGUCAUGGGAAGAUGUACAGUUUGUACUUCAGCUUUGUUUGUUUCCUGUUAAGAAUAUCUGAGUUUUUAUUUUUAAAAGGAUGAAAAGUUUAUGCAAUAUGCUCAGCAGUAGCUUUGUAAUAAUAUAUGCUGUAUCAGAUCUAAAGAUAUAUUUCCCUUCUGUAAUUAUUUUACAUUAAAGCAAGGUAAAUUAUAUUCAAUAUAUCCUAUGAGCUAUCACCAGGAUAAUUAAUUUCAUCUUGGUCAUCAAGGGAUGCACAGAAGAGAUACCAGCAAAACCGGUUAAUACUACACAGAACUAAUGUCACUCAAGACCUGUUUAUAACCAAAGAAUUCAUUAAAGAGAAAACUUUUGCUA